GGACCGGUGAACCCCGAGCCCGUACAUUCAUCUCCAUCACCACCACCUCCGGUAUACUACCAGCCACCUCCACCGGUAGAGACCCCACCUCCUACUUAUCAACCUAAAGCACCUCCUCCACCGCCAGUUUACACUCCAGCACCAACUUAUCAUGCUCCGCCGCCCCCACCUCCUACUUAUCAGCCUAAAUCACCUCCUCCGCCGGUUUACACUCCAACACCAACUUAUCAAGCCCCGCCGCCUCCACCACCACCACCUGUUUAUGUAACAUCUCCUCCUCCUCCUCCACCUGAACAUAAACCGCCAACUACUCCAGCUCCUUCACCAGGAGCGUAUGCACCAAACCCAUCGCAUCCUCUUCCACCACCACCGCCACCCUACAAAUGUAAUGAACCACCACCACCACCACCACCUGAAUGUAACGAACCUGUCCCACCACCACCACCACCUAUUGAACAUCAUUGGCAGUCACCUCCAUCUCCUCCACCACCCAGUACUCCAUAUCACUACACCUCCCCACCACCACCAUCACCAUCGCCACCUCCUCCAUAUGUAUAUAAAUCACCGCCACCUCCAUCACCAUCGCCACCGCCUCCAUACAUUUAUUCGUCCCCACCGCCGCCAUCACCAUCCCCACCUCCACCAUACGUGCAUCCAUCACCGCCGCCACCCGAGAUGAACGUUCCCCUUCCUCCAAUAACAGGAGUCUCUUAUGCAUCACCGCCACCACCUACAAUUCCAUACUAUUGAACCCUUCUCAAGUGAGAGGAUUUGGAUGGGGAUUCAUUUGCAUGCAUGCAAAUAGCAAAGUUACAAAGGAGGGCUCAAAGUGGUUGAAUUUUGGGUUUGACUUUUGAGAGGCUGCUUUCUAGUUUUGAGCAAUAAUUUUUAUAUUAGAGAUAAAAGUAGUCUCAUAUGAAUUUUUUUGGGCUAUUAUUAUUAUUAUUUUUUGUUUUCAUUUCUUUGGGGGCCUAAUCAAAAUUGAUUAGGGUAAAAAAAAAAAAAAACUCAUUUUUGAGUUUCUUGUGUUGUGUCAAAACAACCCAAGGGGAGAGAGGGGGGGGUGGGGUUAACAUUUGUAUUAUUUGUUAUACAUAUGUUUAUUGUGUAUAAUUGAAAUUUAUUUACUAUAUCCAUGAAUUGAUUCA